GCCACAAAUUAUGAGUUGAACACAGCCUCACCCUGUCUUAUCAUCCGCACCGAGAGAAGAGAGCAGCCGAGACUGCAGACAGACGCCACAGAAAUGGCUUUGAAAAUCUUUGUGAGAGCGCACACGGGGCAGAGGUGGACUUUCUUCUUUACUGAGGAACGGUUUAAAAGCACCACCGUGCUACAGCUGAAGACGAAGAUAACAGAGAUUGAAAAAGUACCAGAAGACCACCUGCGACUGAUCUUCGCUGGCCGGCAGCUAGAAGACUACUGGCUGUUGUCUGACUGUGGAGUCAAACACGGGGACACGAUUGGCUUAGAACUGAUACGAAGGCGUGACACGGAGGGCAGACAUCAAACUCAUCGGUUUCCUGUUCAAGUGAAGAGCGCAGCAGAAGCUACAGAUACCACAGAAAUGGCCGUGCAGGUCAGAGUGCGUGGACCCAGAGGGGAGGAGAGGCUCAUCGGGCUGUGUGACACUGAGGAGCAGUUAAAGAGGAUGACAGUGCUGCAGCUGAAGGAGAAGAUUGCGUCUACCUUCAGGAUCUCAGGAUACGAUUUAAAUCUGAUCCUUGGAUCCGAGAUUCUGGAGGAAGGUGCUCUGCUGUCUGCUUAUGGAAUCCGACGCAAAUCAGUAAUUCAAACAGUUUUAAAGAUACCUGGCGGAGGGUGUUCCCUAGGUGUGUUAUAUCGUGGAAUGGGUGACAGGGAGGGCAGAAAUCUAAGUAUGGAAAAACUCGCAGAUUUUGAAAAAUGCACUUCAGAGGCACAAGAGCCCAAAUGAUGAGGUCCAUGUCCACCAGAAAUCCUCAACCAGAAAUCCUCAAACUAAGUGUAUAUAUGUAGGUCAAAGCGUAUAUUGAUUAAUACUAACAUUGGUAGAGUUUUUAAAUAUGUAGUUUUUUUUUUGGGGGGGGGGGGGUUGUUGGCCUACAUCAAUCAGUGGACAAAACUGACACAUUUUUUACUAGGCUGCCUGUCAGGGACUGAAACUGUUCAAUCAAAGCAAAAGAAAUUUAAGAGGAAAUCAUUAAAAUGUACACCUAUGACCUAUACCCUUUUUCAUUUAAUUGUCUGAGAAUGAUCUGUGUCAGAUGUGCUUUAAUUUUAUUAUUUACGUGUGUACAUUGAAGUAACACUAAUUAUUCACAGGAAGCUACUUAAUGACAGAUUGUUUGACCUCCCGGUUUUUUGCAAUGGAUAACAAAUACCUCGAGGAAACCUGUGGAGCCGUUUGUAAAUUCCUUCUAGUCUUUCCAGGCCUUUGCUUCAAACUGCAGCAUUUUCUGAGCUCAUAGUAUAUCAUCAGACACAGGCAGACCUUAAGACACGUGUCAGUAUUAAUGUAGCUCAAAGUGCCUGUUGUUACAUUCUUUUUUUUUUUUUUUUAAACUUUGUGAUGUUUGUAUUUUCUUCAUUAAAACACGUUUCCAGUCUUUCUUAACACGCAUCCUCGUCAUUGUUCAGUGUUAUUCUGGGAUUUCACCCACAGAGGCUGAAGCAGCUCCUCCUGGAUCGCCGCUAAACUCCCUGUUGUAAACACUUUUUGAGUAAUACCCACGUGUGUGAAAUAUAUAUUUCAUAUUUUGAUUUUUGGAUUCAUGUUCAUGUUGCUGACAUGUGGGCAUAUAUGUGUACCUGCUGCUACCUGACCUGCACUGUACUGACAUGCUUGCAUACAUGAACUGCACUGCUGCUCAUGUUUCACACAGAGCUGCCGCUGAAAAAUCACAACUCCACACACAUACACAAGUGUGCAUAUUAUAUUUCUGUUUUAAUUUUCACGGUGUAAUGCACUCAUGAUGUACAGCUACUGGUCCAAGGGUAUGUUUAUACUAUAUAGGCUACAUUGUUAGUAUUAAACUAACAGUGGCGUAAUUGUUUGCAGCUAUUUCCGAAUCUUUUUCCAGAAUAUUCAGAGACUUGAGAUGAUGUUCCCAAACCUCUUCAGUGAAAUCUUCUGACUUUGCGCUAGACUGAUUUAAGAGCAACUAUUUAGAAUAAUCUUUGUGAAACAGGCUCCAGGAUUCUGUUUGGACGGGCUAAAAGGACCAGAAUCAUUCAGAUUUUUUUUUUUUUCAUUUGGAUAUUUUUCAUUUGGAUAUUACAGAAUCUUUCGUCUUUUAGCUGGACCUGAACAAUUAAUCAGGAUUUUUAUAUCCAAGAAACAAUAAA